AUGGAGUUGAACAAAGUAUUAAGAGAGAUUCAAGGAAUCUUUAAAGAAUCAUCUAACCCAAUUUCUAAUCAGCUCUGGUAUAUUAUUGCUGCAGUCAUCAUUAGUGCACUUAAUCACCCAAAAGACCUUACCGAGAUAUAUGCCAUAUUAUCAAAUUCUCUAAAUGAUCAAGAAAUCAGCCUAGAAUUCAAAGAAGCUGAGACCGUAAAAGUAGUGCUACGUCUUCGAGAAGCCAUUUUAAAAAGUUUCAUAGUUACUGGAUUCCCAAAAGCUAUCAAUGGUCUUCAGCACCUAUAUGAUACCACUCCGGAAGCUAUUAGAGAUAUGAUACAGACUACACCUUUACGCUCAGAAGAUACUUGGGAAGAUAUCUCUAUACAGAGAGAAAGAGGCAAUUCUUUGUUCAAGAAGAUUUAUGGACGCUACACUGACCUUGUUCUUACUCACAUGGGGUCUUCUCAUCCGGAUCUGGCUCAGGCCGCCCUUCAUCAGCUAUAUGGCUCUAUACUGUCCGAGACAAAGAUUAUUGGGGCAAAAGAAACUAGUUUAAUUAUGGUUGCUUGUCUCUUGUGUGAUAAUCUCCCUGCUCAGUUGAAAGGCCAUCGAUACGGUGCACUGAAUAAUGGAGCUACUCAAAAUGAACUUGAGCUAGUUGAUUCUGCUGUUAAGCUUCUCUGCAACUAUUAUGCUCAGGCUCCAUUGCCAUCUAAAUUAUAG